UAUUAAAUAUAAAAUAAAGGUGUCACAAGAAAGACUAUAAUCUUUCUAAAUAUAACUUCCCUCUUUGUGGAUACAUGCACAACAUGUAAUAGAAAAUCGUUUUAAACGAGCACAUUAUAUAAAUCACAAAUACCAAUAUAUUCACUCUUUUAAACGAGCACAUUAUAUAAAUCACAAAUACCAAUAUAUUCACUCUUUUAACUUCUUUAAGUUUCAAAUUAUUAAGAUUAUUAAAAUCCUUCACGCACAAUAUUAAAAACUUUGAAUACAAUGUUUAUUAUUGGAAUACAAUUCUAAACAGUUCAUUGUCAAAUUCUCCUGACGACAAUACCUCCCGUAGCAGUGAAGUUGGAGCUCCAGCUUUAGUCAAACAAUCUGCAAGCUGUUUCUUUGUUGAAAUCCAACGAACUGUCAUUUCACUAUUGUUCACUCGCUGUCUCAGGCAAGCUAUUGGUAUCCUCAAUCCCUUGUCAUCAACAUUUUUCGAGGUUUGGAUAGCAUCAUGUAGAGACUUGCAAUCAGUCAUUACAAUGACAUCAAGUUUUCCAGAUAACAUGAUCUCACUCAGCUGAGCUUGGAUCAACUCACAUGUUUCCACUGCUUCGAUCAUUGCCCAACUCUCCGCUGCUAAAGUACUUUUACAUACUCUCCGGAUUUUUCUACUCUGCCAUAUCGUCAACAUGCACAGCAAUGAUACCCUCGAGUUUUCCUUCAUCAUACCAGAACAUGAAUGACUCAUCAUAUGACGAUACCACAACAUUUAACUUCACUAGAGUAUCACGAAGCUCAACAUACCACAUUCUAGACAUGGCAAAGGUUGUCUUCAAAACUAUGGAGUGGAAAGAAUCUGUUGUACUCUUCCUCAAAGUCCUAAAAGUGGUGUCCCCAGUGUCUGGUGUUGGAAUGAUAUCCACACUUUUCCUUUUCCUGUCUGUGGUGUACUAUGCUUUUCUUGUACCCUACCAAUGGAGAACAUACUGCUUCCCAAUAUUUUUCCUGAAUAUUGGCCUGUCCCACUGGAUUUUGAUUAACACUCUCUACAAUUAUGUUCUGUCAAUCAUCAUACACCCAGGGAGAUCAAAAGGAGUUGGUCCAUCUAAAUGCAGAACCUGUAGAACAAAUAGACCUGAACGCUCUCAUCAUUGCAGGCAAUGCGGAUUUUGUGUUCUAAUGAUGGACCACCACUGCAUGUGGAUCAAUAACUGUAUUGGCUAUUACAACUAUGGAUAUUUUAUGAGAACCUGUGCUUUUGUUCUUGUUGGUGCUGUUUAUGGAACAAUGACAAUGUGGCCAGAAGUGGUGGCAUAUUCAAAUGGAGAUUCUGUGAUGUUUGCGUUUGAUGAUCUGCCAAAUAUCUGCUUAGGAGCAUGGUGCCUGUCCUUUGCUGUCACCAUUGGGUUUACCAUUUUGAAUCUGUGGUAUAUCUCGCUGAUCAUGUCUGGUAUGACUAGCAUAGAGUACAAGCAGCUGAAAGCAUGGAAAGGAGCUGUUUCCCCUUACGACAGAGGGUCUAAAGCUAAUUUGGCAUAUGCAUAUGGAGUAAAAAGUGGAAAAUGGAGUCGACUUUUGUGGCCAUGCUAUUAUGUUCCGUAUAAUUAUUGGACUGAGGUGAAUCUUGAAAAUAUAGAGACUGAAUAA